ACCCUUUUUUUCCAAAGCCAAAAACGAAACCUUCUUCUCCAAACCAAAUCUGCUGCUGCCGAAUGCCGAUCCAACCUUAGAACAACCAGGAAGAACAUGGUCAAUGAGGUUCUCGCCAGGAUCGACACUCCCGCCACUAAUUUCCAUCUAGGAACGUGUUUUGCCCGUUGACCAGCGGUGUAUCCUGCCACCGUCACCUACAAAGUUUUGGGUAAUGGUUUGCAUCUUUGCCUAUGGUCAAACAGGAUCAGACAAAACAUAUACCGGUUGGCUAGAAGCUGUUUCAAUCCAACUGUUCUUUCAGGCAUACUGUGGCUCACCUCUUAUUACCGCCGUUCAAAUCAAACCGCCGCUUCUUCCUCGCCACUUCUCCAACGCCUCUUUCCGCCCCGAUAAACAUACUCUCACCAUUAGCAUUUCAAGGAACAAGUUUGUUACCACCUUCAGUUGCUUAAUCAGUAAUGGAGGAUACCUCAUUGCUAGAGUUGUGUGUAGCAGAAGAUGUUAUUCAGGCAUUAUGCAGUGCCUCGAACUCUUCUUCCAUGGAGAAAUCUUUAGAGUUGCUAAUAGAAGUUUCCAGAACUGCAGACGGUCGAGCAGACCUAGGUUCCAAGCAUAUUCUUCCUAUGGUCAUUCAGCUGAUCCAGUCCAUUCCUUAUCCUUCUGGUCGUCAAUUUCUUGUAUUGUCUUUAAGACUUUUAAGAAAUCUUUGUGCUGGAGAGAUUUCAAAUCAGAAUUCAUUUCUUCAGAAAAAUGGUGUUGGGGCUGUUUUGAAUGUCUUUAGGUCAGCGAGGCUGUCUUCUGAGGAAGAUUAUGGAUUCUUCCGAAUUGGAUUGCAAGUUCUUGCUAAUGUUUGCUUGGCUGGGGGAGAGCAUCAGCGGUUGAUCUGGAACCAAUUAUUCCCAGAAGAGUUUCUUGCACUUGCAAAAAUUCGAGGCAGGGAGGUCUGUGAUCCAUUGUGCAUGGUCAUUUAUACUUGUUGCGAUGGAAAUCCGGAACUGCUGACAGACAUCUGCAAUGGCUGUGGGCUCCCCGUUGUAAGGGAAAUUAUAAGGACUACUGCUGCAGUUGGGUUUGGAGAAGAUUGGUUGAAGUUGCUUCUCUCAAGAAUCUUUUUAGAGCAACUUCACACACCUCCACUUUUUUCUGUAUCAUCUCUUGUUGGACCCAAUACUGCCAAAGUUGAAGAUAAUGUGGUUGGAGAUAUAUUCUUCUCACCAGAACAAGCGUUUCUUUUGAGAAUGAUUUCUGAGAUAUUGAACGAGCGACUAGAGGAUAUUACCGUUCCAAAUGAUUUUGCUUUGCGCGUUAUUGAAAUAUUUAAGUCAUCUAUUGUGGUUGUCACUUCUGGCUCAACAACCAAAUCAGGACUUCCAACAGGCUCUGCCACUAUAGAUGUUCUUGGGUACUCAUUAACAAUUCUGAGAGACAUAUGUGCCCAAGAGAGUCCUAGAGACUCUAAGGGAGGCCUGGUGGUUGCUGUCGAGACACUACUAUCAUAUGGACUUGUUGAAUUGCUUUUAAGCCUGCUCCGGAAUCUUGAGCUUCCAGCAACGAUCAGGAAGGCCAUAAACCAGGGAGAGAACCAAGAGGGAUCAACCAAUUCUUGCUCAUUAAAGUCCUGCCCUUACAAAGGAUUCCGUAGAGACAUUGUUGCUGUGAUUGGCAAUUGUGCAUAUAGAAGAAGGAAUGUACAAGAUGAGAUUAGACAGAAGAAUGGGAUUCUUUUGCUCUUACAGCAGUGUGUUACUGAUGAAGAUAAUCCAUUCUUGAGGGAAUGGGGCAUUUGGUCUGUAAGGAAUUUGUUAGAAGGGAAUGCAGAAAACCAAAGGGUAGUGGCUGAACUAGAGCUUCAAGGUUCUGUUGAUAUGCCUGAAAUUUCGAGUCUUGGUCUCAAAGUGGAGGUGGACCCAAACUCAGGCCGUGCAAAGCUUGUUAACAUCUCAUGAAUAAUAGAAACUGGCUUUUGAUCCUGAAUUUUUUUUGGUGUAAUAUUCUUUAUAGUUUGGUUGUUUUAGUUGUCGUCUAUGAAAUCUAUUUCGUAGAGACGUUAACAACCGAAAUUGGUGUACAAAAACACAUUGUGAAAAUAAUCAUGUUCCAGGCGCCUAAAAUGGGUGGCAUCGAGCAUUGUGAGUU